AUGCUUUGCCAUCCCUUUCGCUUAUCGUGCGCGUGUUUCAGAGCAACGGAGCGUGUAGAUGACUACCUACCACUUCUCUCCAUGUCUGUCGACGGGCACCUUAUCGCUGAUGUGCAGCGACUCCGACAGCUCGGGGAGCAGUCGCUUUUCUUUCUUCUUGUCGGCAGUAAAGGCGCCGGCAAGAGUACAGCGCUUCAAAGUUUCGUAAGCGGACUGUCAGUGACUACCAAGGUGCGACACGCGGCCGGAGUGCACGACAUCAUUCUCACAGCACCGGCAGCUGCCUCGCCCGACGAUGAUUUCACACUGUGGACGCUGACCUACGCCGCAGUGGCACACAGCAGCUCGAGUUUAGGCGUGAUCGCUACCCAUGCACUGUCACUGCGGCCCUUCUCGAUCGUUGUCGUUGAUGACAUCGAUCUUCUCUGGUUGCUCUGCAGCAUCAACGGCCUUUUGCCACUUCUCCAGCGACUGCUGCAGGCAGCGUUGACGAGCUCGUCGUGUGUUAUCGUUGCCAGUGCUCCCAGUCAGGACACGGUGCCAGCAUGGCUUUUAGAGCAAAGACUGCCUGCUCUCUACCCCCUUCGCGAGCUCACCGAGGCGGGAAUGAGGCGACUGUUGCGCAGCGUUCCACAGCCACUCUUCAAAUCACACGUCGAGCUGCUCAGUGGUGCACAGACACUCUCCACCUCACGUCAAAUGCUUCUCUUCAACGCAUGCAUGACGCUUGAGGCCGCCGCACAUGGCGUCACUGGCGAAAACCUGCGCUCACUUGCGCGGGAAAAUUGUGCAUUCCUCCACCACCGGCGUUCCCCCGCUGUCAGCCAGUGCGCACCUCCCCAUCUUUACGGCUUAUCCGAGGCGCGACACCGCAUCAGCACACUUGUCUCUGUCUUCGCCGCACACAGUAGCCCAGGCGGUGGUGGUCGUCUGUUGGCAUCCCUCCUCUCUUCCACCGGCUUGCUUCUUCACGGUCCGUCAGGAUGCGGCAAGUCUAGCCUCGCCCGGCAGCUGGCCUCUGACUUUCCGUCUAUGCCCUUCUUCUUUGUGGAGUGCACAAGGCUCUUCUCCAAGUACCUUGGAGAGAGUGAGGAGCAGCUGCGGGAUGUGUACCGUCGAGCACGGGCGCGCACUCCUGCUGUGGUGGUGCUGGAGGACCUGGACGUCAUCGCACAGUCUCGUGGUGUGAUGCGAUGCGGAGACAGCGACCAGGGCACCGGCAACGGUAAAGGCCAGCUCGACGUCACGAGACGCAUGCUAGCGGGCCUCCUCUGUGAGCUGGACGGCGUCAUAGGCAACAGUGGUGUGCUCACCAUUGGAAUCACGAAUGCACCGCAAGUGCUGGACGCUGCCGUCCUCCGCCAGGGCCGACUGGAAACGCUUGUGUACAUUCCACCCCUCACCCACGACGGGGCGGAGGAGUUGUGCGCGCAUUUUUUUCAGCGCUUCGACGGCGCAGAGGGGCAGAGGCGGGAAUGCGCCAUGGUGGUAGCCAACCACGCGGUAGGCUGCGCCCCCGCAUCUCUCCAGUACGUUCUGCGAAAAGUGUUCGAAGCAAGUGCGCUGCGUCACGGUUGGGACUCAGCCUCAGCCGGCUCGCUGCCUUUGCCAACCAUUGCUGCAAUUCAGGGACACCUCUUUGAGAGCUGCUCUAUCCUGCAGCGUGUGAAUCACCCCCAUUUCGAGUAA